CGCGGCGCCGCGCGCUGUCGUGGCGCUGGGCGGGUGAAUGAGGCGCGGGCCGCGCCGGGGCUGCGUCUCGGCCGCGCCGGAGCCGGGUUGGGGCCGCUCCGCCGAGCCCCGCUCCCCUCAGGCCCUCUGGGCGCGGGAGUCGCUUCCAUCCCCCUCGCCCCGCGGCAGCUCCGGGCGCAGCGAUGAGGCGGGCCGGGCUCGGUGAUGGAGCACCUGCUGGUAACUAUGGCUAUACCAGCAGUGGAUACAGUGUUUACGAAGAAGAAAAUGACAGGUUAACAGAAAGUCUGCGUACCAAAGUCAGUGCCAUUAAAUCACUUUCCAUUGAAAUUGGAACAGAAGUUAAAAACCAAAACAAAAUGUUAUCAGAAAUGGAUAAUGAUUUUGAAUCUACGGGUGGACUUCUGGGUGCAACCAUGGGCAGACUGAGAACACUCUCUAGAGGAAGCCAGACAAAGCUAUUAUGCUACAUGAUGCUCUUUGCAUUGUUUGUUUUUUUUGUAUUAUACUGGAUUAUUAAACUGAGGUGAUGCAUGUUACCUUUGGUUUAAACUGUAUAAUUUCAACUAUAAAGCAGUCUUAAUUAAUGAAGACAUUGAUCUGAAGUGACACAUUCUGUUGAUAAAACACAGUGAAAUUGUUGUAAAUUGCAUUAAUUCUUAAUGCAAUAUUAUAGUUUUCUUAAUGAAUCAUACUCUUUCCCAUCAUUCCCUGUUUUGGGGGGACUGUUUGUAAAUAUGCAGAAGCUGCUAACAUAGUUGGUUGCUUUUUUAGGGGAAAAUAGUUUUUAGACUUGAUCUUAAAAAUACAGAAAAAAUGGUUGCUCAGAUACUAAGUAAUUGCAGAAUUAAAAGGCUUUCAUUCUGCUAUUCAUUCUGGGCCAUGCUCUAAAUUAGAGCUCCAGUUUCAGACAUACAGUAAAUUCUAGGUUGCAGAAGUAUGAAUAAAACUUUAAUCUUUCUAAAUUGGUUUUAUCUGGAUUUUUAAAAGGCUGGCCUGAAACUAACAAAUGUAAUAAGGGUAGGAUACCCCCAACAAUUAUUUCUUUGGCUAGGUCUGACACCAUAUGUGUUUGAGUAGCUUAAACUGUGUGUUUGGGGGAGAAGUUACUUAAAACUGGAUUUUUUUUAAUUUAAAUGUGGCAAAUCAUGCUUACACAUCUAGUCUUCUAAGCAAAUGCCUUUGGUCAUUGGGAUCAACCAAUAUGGAUACAAAUGUUUUCUUUAUAUUUAAAGUAUUUAAAACUUAAUGAUUCUGUUGAAUCACUAAAGCUUCUACCAUUACUGUGUUUACUUUUCAAUCUGUGAUGAUCCCUAAAUCUACACUGCAUGAUGUCUGAAAUAUGAGGUCAGAUGUAUUGAAUUUUAUAUGAAAGUGUAUUAUGAUGUACCUGUUGGAGGUGCUGUCAUAUUGUUUUUUAUUUUGAAGACUUAGCUUUGGUUCAGCAGAUAGUUUCUAAUAGUUGAAGCUAUUACAUUGCUGAGUUUAACAUUCAAAAAAUAAAGUUUCCUAGAUACUGUAAUUGUAUCUACGAUUUUGGAAAAAACUUUUCUAGAAACACUGUAUAACUAAUUACAAACUGCCAAAUAAAGUGUCCUGCAGUAUUCUA